UAAAUAUUAUCAAAAAAAUAACUUAUAAAUAAAUAACUACUAAUGUUUAUAAUUUUUAUAAUGACAUUAUAUGUAAAGGCCUCCAGCAACUUCCCUUCCACGAGACGGACCGGCAGAGGAAGAAAAGAAGCGAGCCAACCAACAAGGACAAAGCGGCCAGAACCACGCGUCACGCGCGGCACGCGCCGGUAGACCCCCAACCGCCCGACGGCGUGCUCUGCGCUCCGGCGGCCUGCGCGACUCGAGCCUUUCCAUUCCAUUUCUUCCCCCCACGGCACCGGCUGGUUUCACUCGCACCCACACAUGGCCACAUAAUCGCUCGCUCCUCCGCUCUCUAGAAUUCGGACCCACUAAACCCUCACUCACCCAGACGGCCCGCCCUCCGCCGCCGCCAUUUGCGCCGACCGCCGUCAUCCGGGCGAGGAUCGCGGAGGCGAGGGUGACCCCGGGGUUUUGCGGAGGGUUUUGAGGGGGUUUAAGUCCAGGCCGCUCCGUUUGCGCGUCCAGGGGAGGAAAUGAUGAGCAUGAAGAGGCAGGGGCAGGAAAAGGACAAGAUGGCCGAGGAAUGCUGCUUCGUUUGCAAGGACAGCGGGCACGACCUCCGCGUAUGUGACUCUAGGAACUGCCUCAAGGCUUACCAUCCAGGCUGUGUCCAAAACAAAGAUGAGGGGUUCAUAUGCGAUUGGCACAUAUGUGUCCAGUGCAGAGGAUGUUCUGAUUAUCAGUGCCUGUGCUGUCCACUUUACUCUGUUUGCUAUGCCUGCCUUGGAAAACAAGAAUUUGUGCAACUGAGAAAGCAAAAUAAGGGAUUCUGCAGCACCUGCUUGAACCUGGCUAUCGCGAUUGAGAAGAAUGAUCCUCAUGUGGCAAAAACAUAUAAUUACGAAAUUUUGUUUAAAGACUACUGGGAAGGAAUUAAAGAUGCAGAACAUUUGACAUUGGUUGACCUGGAAGAAGCUAGUUAUAUUCUGAAUAGAAAGCUUAACUGUAAAGGAGUGAAUUUAGAGAGAUUUCCAGCUGUUGAUCACAAGUCAGAUGAAAAUACAUCUCCUGAUAAUGGCGCCAAUGGUACAAUUCCUUUUGACUCUAAGGGAAAACAGAUUAAAGCGAACACAUCACAGAAGAACAAGUCAAAUAAGAGAACCUAUGUUGGGUGGGGUUCCAAAGAGCUAAUUGGGUUCUUGUCAAGUUUUGGAAAGGAUACGUCAAAACCUCUUGAUGAACUUGAAAUUAUUGGAGUUGUCAAAGGGUACAUCAAAGAGAAGAAACUAUACCAGGACAAUAAGAAACUUCGUUUCUUGUGUGAUGAUAAGCUGCAACCCCUGUUUACGAGAAGAAAAGUGAGAUGCAAAAUGAUCCGUAAGUUCUUGGCAGUUCAUCUAGCUUCAAAUGCUGUUUCAGAGGAUGAAAGUUUUUGUAGUUCUGAAGAUGAUGAUGACACCCCAGUUAUUAAAAAGAGACCUCGGAAUAGUCUGGAGCCAAAGAUUGCUAAGAGGGUCUCAGAAGGAAGCAAGAGACAUUUUGCCGCCCUUACUCAGAAUAAUAUCAACCUAAUCUACCUGAGAAAAACUUUAGUUAUUAGUCUUUUGACGAGUCAGCCAGACACAUUUGAACAGAAAGUUGUUGGCUGUUUUGUUAGAGUCAAGUGCGGAAAAAAUGUGCACAGCUAUGAAAUACCUAGAAAAGCAUACCUUCUUGGACAAGUAACAGGCAUCAAGAAGUCUGAAAAUGAAUACAAGAUAAAUGAUACAUGUACAAAUAUUCUCUUAUGUGUUACUGGUUUGUUGGAUGAUAUCAGUAUAUCAAUACUCUCAGAUGAGGACUUAGCAGAGGAUGAGUGUGGUGAUCUUAUUUUUUUGGCCGAGAAAGGACUACUGAAACGGGCUACUGUUGCUGACUUGGAGGAAAAGGUUUCAACUGUGUAUACAGACAUAGUUAAUCAUUGGAUUGAAAGAGAACUUGUGAGACUAGAAAGAAAGAUCAAUAUUGCGCAGAUGAAAGGGUUACAAGUAGAAUUGGUGGAACUACUGGGCCAAAAAAAACUUUUAAACACACCAGCUGAAAGAAAGCGUCGUCUUGAAGAGGUUCCAGAAAUUGUUCCUGAUACAGAAUGCGGAGAAAAGGAAACUGAACUCCAAGCUGCAGCAAGCAACUCUUCUCAAGAGAAUAGAGGUGCCGCUCAUCAAGUAGUUGAUUCUUUGAAUGUUCUUAAUGGGGAACUGUCAAAAGGUGCUACGGAGCAAAUACACGAUUGUUUGAACGUUCUAAACAAAGAAUCAUCAGAAGUUGCAUCUAAGCAAGGUGAUGCUACUCGUGAAGCUCCUUCUGAAGCUCAUGAAGCCUGCCUCAGUGGUGUUACUCAUGAUCCUGCACUACAUUCUCAAAUGGACGAUGCUCAAGUUGAUGCAGAUGAUAGCCCAACUCAAGCCAUGAACAUUGACCAAGAUGAAAGUGACCACUCCCGGCAAGCUGCCAUGGCAAAGGUUAAUGAAGCUGUAGAAGUCAUCGAUCUAAGCAGUGAUGACGAUGAGGACCCUCGCACAGUGCAACAUAAGCCAGAAGGCAAGGCGAUGCAUGCUCCAGGGGCCAUGAAUCGGGAUGUUCACCUGGAGCAGCGCGAGCCAGCAUCUGCAACCAUGAAUGGGGUUCUUCAGCCGGAGCAGCGACAGCUAGCUCAUACAGCCAUGAAUGGAGUUCUGCGCCCAGAGCAGCAAGGGUCAGCAGGUGCAGCCACGAACGGCGUGUCACCUUCGGCGCUCCUGUGGCAGUGGCACUACAUAGACCCUGAAGGAAAGACCCAAGGGCCAUUCACGAUGAUGCACAUGUUGCAUUGGAAACGACUGGGCUUCUUCACCGACGAGGGCUUCCGAGUGUGGAAGACGGGGCAGACUUCUGAGCAGGCUAUCUUGCUUAGAGAUGCCUUCUUGUUGCAUCUGUAGCCUGCUCUCGUCGUCGAAGCUUUUUGGAUCUCGUUUCGUUCCCGGUCUGGACCUCAUGAACAUGGAACACCUUUUGGUCACCUCGAGGCUCGAGCAUUGUGCCAUUGUCGAUGCAUGAAUGUUCAGUGUUCAGUCUCAGUCUGGGUUGGACAUCGAAAUGGACCAACAUGAACAUUUUUUAUGGUUAAAAUAGUAACAUUUUCAAACGGGCUAGUACGUGCUACCUCCUAUAUUGGCCUUGUUUAGAGAAA